UCUUCAUUCUUCAAAUGAGGUUUUAGUACCCUCCGUGUAUACAUCAUCAUCACCCAGUACGAUAAUACACUUAUUGUUUAUUAAAAACAGUGUGGAAGAAAUGAAUAUUGCUGACUUAAUUCCAAUCGAUCUGAGUAACGAUCAUGACUACCCGUCGACCAGCAAUUCUUCGCUGGACGUCGAGGUGGACAGUGGUAACGAACACCAGACAGCAUCGAACAGUGCAACGCAUGUAGAUCGACUUCCAUCAGAAGAACUUAAAAGUGUGUCCUUUCGAGGAAAAAGUGUUAGAACGAUGAGCAACGAAAACAUCCAUCCACGUGUCUUACGUUCAUCCAAUCGUACAUCCAUGUAUGCAAGUUUAGCUUCGGAAAGUGCGUUGAAAGUAAAUCAAUCCACGUUUUCGCCACCGCAAGCGCUGCUUCAGAUUAAUUCCACUGAAGAAACCUCACCAGUGGUCACUAUAGACAUUUCGAAGGCUGUAGAAGCGAGAAGUAAUGAUCCGAAAGGAACCGCCGGGAUAACUUGCAGCGGGUACUGUAGUGAUAAUUAUGCGAAUUCACCUUUGUCGGGCAGUUAUGGAUCGCCCGGAGCAAGUGUGUUACUUAGAAGUGCAGGAAACUCAGAGUCCUUGAUACAGUUCGAAACCAGUGUUUGGAAGAAGCGAGCUCUCGAAAUGGAAAAAGAUUACAAAAAAACAGCAUGUGAUCGCGAAAGGACGCGAAUGCGUGAUAUGAACCGUGCCUUCGAUUUGCUUCGCUCGAAGCUACCGCACACUAAACCUUCUGGGAAAAAAUAUUCCAAGAUCGAGUGCCUUAGACUUGCUAUCCAAUACAUUCAGCAUCUGCGAAGUGAACUGCUUUCAACAACACCCCCAACUCAUCCUCUGGAUUACUGCUACGAUAUGCCAUCAUACGAACUGCCGUCUUCAGCGCCUCAGUCAAUUGCGUCAACGACAUAUCUGGAUACGGAUUCCAAUAACAACAUUCCUCACCACAUUCCUGCACAUAAUUCGCAGUGGUACAUUACGCGAAAUCCGGAUGGAUAUAGUUAUUAUUACUUACCAUGAUAUAAAAAAA